AUGGCCGACUACGCUCAGUACCACGCUCUUGGACACGGCGAGGUUAUCGACCCCAAUGAUCCUAACCGAACAUCUCAACCCUCUGCGCAACAGUUCCAACCGCCAAUCGCUCCCUCACCUUACCAACAACAAGCAUCACCAUAUGGAGCACCCCAAUAUCUUGGAGGCCAGCAAGCGCCUCCUUCUAUGACUGGCUCUCCCGCACCAGCUCCUGGAUACGGUUAUGCACCUCCUCAGGCUCAGGCUCCUCCAGGUCAAGCUCCUCCACCACAAGAUGCUACACUGGCUGCUCAGCUUGGUGGAAUGAACUUGGGAGAUGGACAUGGCACAGCGAGAAGGAAGAAGAAGGAUCGUCAUGCAUACCAUACCGUUGAACCUACCGGUUCCUCGCAAGCCUUCAAUGGCAUGCCUCCCCAGGGAACCUCGGCUACACAGUUCCUAGACAGCGUCCCUGGCGGUCCCGGGUUUGGAGGUCAAUUUGGCAGCCCCCAGGGAACCCCUCAGAUGCAAAGUCAGAGCCAGUUUAGUACGCCAGUUAACCCGGCAUUUGGUCCUGGUCCUGUUGCUGGAACACCCGGUGUCGGCGAGGGCCUCGGUACAGCCUCAGUGUCUACCAGCGGACCCAAGGGAGUGUCACCUGACGACAUGCCCAGCGUACCGGCCUCGCGAGAUGCCAUCCAGCAGUACUACCUCAAGAACGUCUAUCCCACCUUCGAACGACAUGUUCCUCCUCCCUCGACCGUUUCCUUUGUUGCCUACGACCAGGGCAACUCGUCACCGAAGUACACUCGACUCACACUCAACAACAUCCCCACUACUCAGGACGCUCUGCAGGCUACCGGCCUUUCCCUGGGUCUCUUGCUGCAGCCGCUAGCUCCUCUGCAGGCUGGAGAAGCCGAAAUUCCUGUCCUCGACUUUGGUGAAGCAGGGCCCCCACGAUGCAGACGAUGCCGAGCUUAUAUGAACCCCUUUAUGAUGUUCCGUUCAGGUGGAAACAAAUUUGUCUGCAACCUCUGCGCAUAUCCCAACGAUACUCCUCCCGAAUAUUUCUCUGCGACCAACCCACAAGGUGUCCGAGUUGAUCGCGACACUCGACCCGAGCUUCACCAAGGAACUGUAGAGUUUGUGGUGCCUAAAGAGUACUGGACCAGGGAGCCCGUGGGAUUGCGAUGGUUAUUCCUUAUCGAUGUAACCCAAGAAUCCUACAACAAGGGUUAUGUCGAGGCUUUCUGCGAGGGUAUCCGUGUUGCUCUAUACGGUGGUGAAGAUCAAGAGUUGGAUGAGAAUGGAGAGCCGAAACGUAGGAUACCAGAAGGCGCCAAGGUUGGAUUCGUCACGUACGACAAGGACAUUCACUUCUACAAUGUCAACCCUGCCCUGGAUCAAGCGCAGAUGAUGAUCAUGCCUGACCUUGAGGACCCCUUUGUGCCCCUGAGCGAGGGACUCUUUGUCGACCCAUAUGAAUCCAAGGAUGUGAUCACAUCUCUGCUUACUAGGCUUCCGGAUAUGUUCUCCACCAUCAAAAAUCCCGAGCCCGCCCUUCUCGCCGCCCUGAACUCAGCACUUGCCGCCCUCGAGGCGACGGGAGGUAAGGUUGUGGCAUCAUGCUCUGCGCUGCCAACAUGGGGCCCUGGUCGUCUCUUCAUGCGUGACAAUGGAAAUCACCCUGGAGGUGAAAUCGACAAGAAGCUCUACACAACUGAGCACCCGGCCUGGAAGAAGGUUGCCGAGAAGAUGGCUGCUUCCGGUGUCGGUGCUGAUUUCUUCCUUGCUGCUCCUUCUGGUGGUUAUCUUGAUAUUGCGACUAUUGGUCAUGUUUCCUCAACCACUGGCGGAGAGACCUUUUACUACCCUAACUUCAUCGCUGCGAGGGAUAGCCGAAAGUUAUCACUCGAGAUCUCACACGCCGUGACCAGAGAGACUGGUUUCCAAGCUCUUAUGAAGGUCCGAUGCUCUAACGGCCUACAAGUCUCGGGCUACCAUGGCAACUUUAUCCAACACACCUUUGGUGCCGACUUGGAAAUUGGUGUUAUUGAUGCUGAUAAGGCAAUGGGUGUCAGCUUUAGUUACGAUGGCAAGCUGGACCCCAAGCUUGAUGCUCACUUCCAGUCUGCCCUUCUUUAUACGACGGCUUCAGGCGAACGACGCGUGCGAUGUUCAAAUGUUAUUGCUAGCGUUACAGAAACCUCUAAGGAAUCGGGUGCGCGUGAACAGGGUAUUCGUGAGUGCCUCAAGUUUGUUGAUCAGGACGCUGUCAUUGGUAUGCUGGCCAAGGAAGCCAGCACGAAGUUGGCGACUACAUCAAGUAACCUCAAGGAUAUCCGUCACUGGCUAAGUGAGAAGGCUAUCGACGUUCUUGCCUGCUAUCGAAAGCAUGCCGCUCAGCAGCAUCCUCCAGGACAGCUUGUUAUGCCUGAGCGAUUAAAGGAGUACUGCAUGUACCUUCUUGGUCUCCUCAAGUGCCGAGCACUCAAGGGAGGUGUCGAGAACUCAGACCGCAGAGUUCACGAGAUGCGGAUGCUUCGUUCUAUGGGUGCUCUCGAGCUGAGCCUGUAUCUGUACCCCCGAAUGAUUCCUAUCCACAACCUCGCACCCGAAGAGGGCUUCGCCGACCCCGAGACAGGCCAUCUCAAGAUGCCCCCUGCGAUCCGCACAUCGUUCUCACGAGUUGAGCCUGGUGGCGUGUAUCUGGUUGACAAUGGCCAACAGUGCCUCCUUUGGUUCCACUCACAGACUUCUCCUAACCUCAUUUCUGAUCUGUUUGGUGAAGACAAGGACUCCCUCAAGAGUCUUGACCCCUACACAUCAGCUCUACCACUGCUCGAGACUCACCUCAACGCUCAAGUCCGCAACAUUAUCGAGUUCCUCCGAACGAUGCGUGGUUCAAAGGGUCUCACUAUCCAGCUCGCUCGACAAGGCAUUGACGGCGCCGAGUUUGACUUUGCCCGUAUGCUCGUGGAAGAUCGUAACAACGAGGCUCAGAGUUACGUGGAUUGGCUGGUACACAUUCACAAGGGUGUUCAGUUGGAGCUGAGCGGGCAACGUAAGAAGGAGGGCGAGGAGCACACGGCGGCAAGCUUGUCAAACUUUGCAGGUUUGAGACCAGCCUAUUGGUAG